CCGAGCAGACGCAUGCGUUCUGAGUUCUGGUUCCCCAGCAUGGGUUCCCUGCUCCCUCCGGUGUUGCUGCUGUGGCUCCUGUCCUGCCCCAGGCUUCAGCUCGGACAUGCCCAGGAUCCUGCCAUGGUGCAUCUGCCAGGUGGCCGGUUUCUGAUGGGGACAGAUGCUCCAGAUGGCAGAGACGGUGAAGGGCCUGCCCGGGAAGUGACAGUAAAACCCUUUGCCAUCGACAUAUUUCCAGUCACCAAUAAAGACUUCAGGUAUUUCCAGUUUUUCGGUGCAGGGGCUGUUCACUGGUGGCAACCAGUGCCAAAGGCAUUUUGGAGGCAGCCUUUCCCUAGAUCCCAGAAGCCUGUCUCACUUCGCCCUGUCUGUCAGCCUGCAGGUCCCGGCUCUGGCAUCCGAGAGAAACUGGAGCUUCCCGUGGUACACGUGAGCUGGAACGACGCUGGUGCUUACUGCGCAUGGCGGGGGAGACGCUUGCCCACAGAGGAGGAGUGGGAGUUUGCAGCCCGAGGGGGCUUGAAGGGUCAGGUUUAUCCAUGGGGGAACCGGUUCCAGCCAAACCGCACCAACUUGUGGCAGGGAAAGUUCCCCAAAGGUGACAAAGCUGAAGAUGGUUUUCAUGGACUGUCACCAGUGAACGCUUUCCCCCCACAGAACAACUACGGACUAUAUGACCUCAUGGGCAAUGUGUGGGAAUGGACAGCGUCCACAUACCAACCUGCUGCCCAGGACAUGCGUGUCCUCCGGGGGGCAUCAUGGAUCGACACCGCAGACGGCUCCGCUAAUCACAGGGCUCGGGUCACCACCAGGAUGGGAAACACUCCCGAUUCAGCCUCAGACAACCUGGGCUUCCGCUGCGCCUCCAGUGCAGGCCGACCGAAGGAGGACCUGUGAGCAGCCAGACCGAGAUGGAGAACACCCUCUCAGCCCUGUAUCUCCCUGACCAUAUUCCAGAGGCAGCUGGCUACCAAGCUCAUGCGUCUGAGGGUGGCCUUUUGAGCCCCUCCCCUCUGACAGACACCAAGAACGCUCGGACCGCAAGAAGGGACUGCAGUAGCCUGGAAGAUGAGGACCUGGAUGUCCAAGGCUGGGAGCUGGUCUGUCUCUUAAGUGCAGUAUUAAGGACAAAGGAACCAAACCCUCCAGUAUCCAAAAGAUGGCAUUUUUUAAAAUCUCUCCCUUUUUGCUUUCUCCCUGGCUGGUUCAGCUUUCACUUCUGGGAAAUUCUGCAGAAGGAAAAUGCUUCCUUUGUGAGGUGGUGCCAAAGCCUUGCUGCCAGAACCUAGCCUCGCUGUCCUCUGAAACGAGAUAUUCACUAUGUGGCAAGGCUGGUCUCGAACUCUCGAUCCUCCUACCUCAGCUUCCUGGGUGCUGCUGGGAUUACACACCACGCCCACUAUUUAAAAGCCCCGGUAAAGCAAAUGAUUUAUGAAGUGAAGAUGUGCAUUGUGGGAGAACCAAAGUCAGUGCCCUUCUAGGAAGACAAAUGCCAGAACCUUCUCUGAGAGUUAGCUAAUCAUGUAGGGCCUUCUGUGUAUCCUGCAAACAUGACCCUGAAGAAGAACUGGAUCCUAUGAGGUCAAUAAAUUCUUAUGUAUAUCAGGAA